AUGAUUUCAAGUCAGUUUAGAGGAACAACUUUCACGGGGCCGGCGUCUCGGGGCGGCCGCGCCGAGGGGGCGGACGUGACUUGCAUGCGAGCGGGACCUGGGCGCGCGGCGCUCGCGAGGAGGCGGCGGCGGCCGCCCGAGCUCUCGCCGCUGCCACUGCCGCUACCGCCGGCUCUCCUCCUCCGCCCGGGCCUCCUCCUGCUCCGCCCCGGCCUCCUCCCGCUCCGCCCCGGCCUGCGCCGCCGCCCUGGGGCCCUCAGCCCCGGCUCCCAGGGAAUUAGCCCCCCGCACCGGGCGUCCAGCACAAAGGCCGGCGGCACCUGGGGCCGUACAGCGGGGCGCGCAGUGGAGACCUGGGCUGCCCUCACGCCGUGCAGUGGCGCGGGGGGAGUGGUGCGCCCGGACGAGCGCGGAGUAGGGGCCAGGGCUGGCGAGCGCGGGGAAGGGUGCAGCCCUCGGGAACCCCGGGGACCUCGGCGGGUCUCCACCCCUGGGAGAAGACGCAGAGCAAGCGCGAAGGUUGGGGGCGAGGUGGGAGGUUGGGAUGGCACGGGUGCCUGGACAAGGACGUGACAUCUAAGAUUUCCCUUUGAAACUUUUUGCUGGUCUGCACUCCACCACUUCGAGGUCCCGCGCACACGCCCCCGCGCGCACCCACCUCCUCCGGAGUGUACCCGCACGUGCCCUCGCUCUGGCCCCCGCCUCCACCCACUGGCACCUCUCCCCGCACCACACCUCCGCUUGCGCCCACCUUACCCUCAGAGGCCCGCGUCUCUAUCUCCCUUUAGAUCCCCUUGCCCGCGCUCUCUUUUCACUUUUCCGUCGCUUUAAUCUCAUUCAGCAGAAGCGCUCCCCUGUUUCACCGAGGGCAUGCCCUUAGUGCUUUAGGGGCCUGUAUUUUUAAAGACCCGACAAACUGGGAAAUUGACCGAGUUCUGUUUCUCCCCGCCCCGGCCCACCUUCUGUUUACUUUAGCCACGUGGGCUGAGUAGAAGGGGGCGUCUCACAGAUUGAAGAUGGGUUUCUCACUAGUGACCCCCUACUUCUCGCUAGGAGGAAAUAAACCUGCACUUUCAAAUGCUUAAGUUGCCUCUCGUAAGAGCCUCUACUUUGAAGUAGUUUCCCCCCGUACAAUUAAGUAAUGAAGAAACCGACCGAUACAGAGCUAAUUCCGAAUGACGGAUGCUUGAUUUUCCCUGACAUUCGGAGCUCUGUAACUAUGCUCUUCCUUUGACCGGAGUUUUUCUCUAUUGCCGAGUAGUGUCACUUCCCCUUCUAAUGCUCCUUUUUCUAAUCAUCAACUUUUUAUUUGAAGAUGAGAUGAAGAACAAAGCCCAUAUGGGUCAUAGUCAAAAAAUUGAGGAAGACAUAAUUAGCAGCUGAAGAAUGACUCAGAUCAUCAGUAGUGAAUAAGAAUGAUUAGGGGGAAAUAGAGACAGUUUAAUCAGUGUGUGACCAAAAUCAAACAGAGUAAACUGUGUCAUCAUGGAGAUCUGCCCAGGAAAUCCCCAAAAUACAGAAGGAUCAGAAGUAGAUGGAAAUACUGUCAUAGAACGUCUCUCACAAGUGUGUUAUAAGAAUGACAGGGAAGCUACAGGUUACAACAGAUUUGUGAACUCAGCCAAGCACAGUGGUGGCAGGGCCUAGCUGCUACAAAGAAGACAUGUUUUAGACAAAUACUCAUGUGUAUGGGCAAAAAACUCGAGGA